GGAGCAUAAAAGAGGAAACGAGCAGAGCGAUGGACAGAACCUGCAGCAAUGGACAGAGUAGCGUUCAUCAGAAAUGCUCCUGAGCUUUUCAGCAACAUCAGAGGAAAUAUUCACUCCUGCUGUAAAACCUCUGGACAGGGUGUGAGUGUCUCCAACCGACGGCUUCUGCUCGGUUUGGUUCUGCUCAAUGUUGUUCUGCUCAUAGUUGCUGUCACUCUUGGAAAUAAAUGCGCUAAAGCCAAAGCAGGCUCCCUCCUUGAUUUCCACUCAGCUGCACUACAGCUCAUUAACAAGAUGGAAUAUCUCCGUGGCAACCACAGCGAGGUGAUGGAGACUGUAGAGGAGGCCAAGAAGGCCUUAGAGACGGCCAUCAGCAACCACACACAGAUGAAGACGCACAUCGAGCAGCAGAAGACUGUUAACGAUGCUUAUCAGAAGCAGGUUGAGGCGCUGCAAACAGAGAAGAGCAGGCUGCAGUCCAACAUAUCAGCUCUGGAGGGAUCCUGUGGUAAAUGUCUUCCUGGAUGGACUCUGUUUAACUCGUCCUGUUACUUCUUCUCCUACUUGGAGUCUGCUACUGUUAAAAAGAACUGGGCAGACAGCAGAGCAGACUGUGUUGGUCGUGGAGCCGACCUGGUUGUGAUCGACAGCCAGGAGGAGCAGAAAUUUGCAAGUAACAGCAUUAAUAAAAUGAAAACGAGUACUAGUGUCUGGGAGAAUGGAUUCUGGACCGGCCUCACUGACACAGAAGCAGAGGGGGCAUGGGUCUGGAUUAAUAACGUCACCGAGGUGGAGCAAAGGUACUGGAUGGACGGUGAACCAAACAACUAUGGGGGAGGCGAGGACUGUGGAGUCAUCAUCUACAGCCGCUCUAAUCCCUGGAAGACCCGAUACGAUGGCCAUUGUCACACUCCAUUACACUGGAUAUGUGAAACCACAUCAAGAUAAUCCAGUGUAUUGAUACCGAUAUGUGCAUGAUUCAUCUGAUCAGUGAAAUGAUUCAAUAAAUAAAUGAAAUGAA